ACGGAUGUGCAUGUGAUUGUGCAGUGCAAGGAGAAAAUCACUUUUUAGACUUUCUGUUAUCGCUUGGUAAUAAACGUUGACACUGUCGCUGCGGUGGUGCACUGUCGGAUCUUUGAUCACUGUAGUUCUUUGAGCAGAUCGUUUCUUCAGUCAUAUUUUUGCAGCGAAGACAGCUGAUAUGACAGAUAUAGCGAAGGAAGUGUUUGGUGUCAUCCCAGAGCAGGGUUCCGUGGAGAAGUGGACAUUGAGCACAGGCAGUGUUCGAGUGGAGGUAAUAUCUCUGGGCUGUAUCAUAACCUCAAUUAAGACCCUCGAUCGACACGGCAACUUUGCAGACGUGGUACAUGGUUUUGAUGACUUGCCAAGUUAUGUGUCAAAUCCGCGCUUCUUUGGAGCUGUUGUUGGCCGGGUUACCAACCGGAUAGCCAAAGGCCGUUUCUCCAUAGAUGGGCAAGAGUACAAACUCGCUGUGAACAACGGGCCUAAUGCCCAUCAUGGGGGGCUACGGGGCUUUAACAAGGCAUUAUGGACGAGUGAAAGGGUUGAGAACGGCGUGAAGUUCAGCCACAUCAGUCCAGAUGGGGACGAGGGCUACCCUGGAAACCUGCGUGUCUCCGUCACCUACUGCCUGGAAAAACACACCCUGAGUGUCCACUACAGCGCCCGCACAGACAAAACGACACCUGUCAACCUCACCAACCACUCAUACUUUAACCUGGGAGGCCAUGGAAAAGAGGACAUUUAUGACCAUGAAGUGACGGUUUCUGCCCAGGCGUACCUACCUAUGGAUGACACAAUGAUUCCAACAGGAGAGGUGAAGUCGGUGGAAAACACACCCUUUGACCUCAGGGCGCCUGUUCUGAUUGGUUCCCGGUUAAAGGAAAUUGCCGGGCCGGGGUUUGACCAUAACUUCUGUCUGUGGGAGCCAGGCCAGCCACACGAGGAGCGCCAGUGUGCCAGGCUUGUGCAUCCUGAGAGUGGGCGAGUUCUGGAGGUGAGCACCACCCAGCCAGGCAUCCAGUUCUACACUGCCAACUUCCUGGAUGGGAGCCUGCGGGGGAAAGGCGGCAUCUGCUACCCCAAGCACAGCGGCGUCUGUCUGGAGACCCAGAACUGGCCCAACGCAGUCAACCAGCCGCAGUUUCCUGACUGCCUGCUGAGGCCUGAGGAAGAGUACUCACACACCACACGCUUCACGUUUACUGUGGUGUAACACACACACACUCACCACCCACCUACGCACACACACUCACCACCCACCUCAAAUUUAUCGUGGUGUACAUGCACAACAAUCAUUCCACUGUCUCGAGUGCCAUUCCUUGCUCCAAGUUUACUGUGGUGUAACACACGCACUCACACGUCAUUCUCAUCUCUCAAACACACCACCCAGUUCAAGGUUACUGUGGUGCACAUGCAUAAUAAUCAUUCCACUGUCUCAAACGUCAUUCCUUGCUUCAAGUUUACUGUGAUGUAAGACACUCAUACACAUUCAUUGUCUUCUCUCAAUCAUACCCCUCACUGUUUUCAAUAGAACCCCGCACACUGGUGCAGAUCUGCAGCAGUGUGCAGGGUUCCAUUGAAAACAGUGGAAUCAAUCAUCGGCGGAGCAGUGCGCCGCACUUUGGCGGAACUAGUGUGCAGAGGCCCUAAUGAUCCACUGGCACGCCCUAUACAUUUUCAAAGAGAAGAAAUUUUGCUCCCGCACAGCAUGGUGGGUACGCGAUAUAGCUAUGCGAUGUGACCAAAAGUUCAGAAAUCACCAAAUUCACCUGCCGUUGUGACCAUAUCGUGAGGCGAGGGCCCAAAAGCCGAGCAAGACCUAGGAAUGGGCUGUACAGUUGUCCAGUCACAUUACAGAGCAGUUGCACAUAUCAUCUAAGCCUACAGUAAUCAAAACGUUUUCGAGGACAACAGCGAUGCAUUUGGAGUUGCGAUGCAAUGUCAUGCUUCUGGGUCAUUACUGCAAGUUGUACCAUGGUGUGACAGACCCAAACACACACAUAAAGAACUUAGUAGUUUGAGUUUUGUCAGACACAAGGCAAGCAGUAUUGUGAAUGGGAGAAACUCCUUUGCCUUAUAAUCUCAUUGAAUUCUCAGGAAACUGAAACACAUGCAGUACACAAAUGUACAUUCCUUUGCCAGUGCCAAUCAUGAAUGUUAAAGGUUUUGGAUUGUUUAAGAUUAAUAAAGGGAAAUUGUGACUUCA